AUGGAGAAACUUCUCGUCGCCGUCGCGAAGAAACCCGUCAACACAUACGAUGUAGACAUGAGCAACAGCCUGGAAGCCAAGAUAGUCGUCCUCGGGGCGCAAGGAGUGGGAAAGACGUCGCUGGUGCAGCGCGCGGCGCCGGCGUCGACGGUGGGCGCCUCCUUCGUCACCAAGCGCGUCCUGGACUCGACCUCAGACACCGUCGUCCGUCUGCAGAUAUGGGACACCGCCGGCCAGGAGCGGUUCCGCAGCAUAUCUCGUCUCUACUACCGCGGAGCCCACGCCGGCCUGCUCUGCUACGACAUCACGGACGAGCGCAGCUUCGACGAGAUGCGCGGCUGGCUGCUCGAGCUCAAGCAGAACCUCUUUCCCGGUGACGGCGGCGACGGGCAGGACCGCUGGCCGCUCGUCAUCCACGUCGUCGGUACAAAGUCAGAUAUCGUGGCGGACGACCCGGCCCGUCGUCGGGUCCCCUUUGAACGUACCAUAGCCUACGUUGCCGAGCAGCUCUAUCCCUCCCAGGCGUCGACUCCGCCCCCCAGCUCAGGUAUCGGGAGCGCCUAUCAUAACAACAGCAGCAGCAACAACAACAACAACAACAAUAGCAACGGCAACAACUACAGCAAUAGUGUGAUGGCGCCGGACAGCCAGAGGAACAGCGGUUUCUGGGCCCAGGACAUCGGAUGGGACUGCUGCCACGAGAUCAGCAGCAAGGACGGCGAGGGCAUCGACGAGGUCUUCCGUGUCAUCACUCGCAAGCUGGUCGAGCAGCGCAGCCGGCGGGAGCGGGCGGCUGAUGCAGUCCACCAGGCUUCUUCCUCCGGCAGCAGCAUGAGGGCCAGGUCGCGGGCGGGACGGACCUCUGGCGACGCGGACAAGCGUCGCAGCUGGCUCAGCUUCCCUCCCGCCCUCGUCGGGGACGCAGACGAAGAUGCAGAGCAGGAGGCGGACGGAGGACUCAUCCUCACCACCCCGCGGAAGAGGUGCUGCUGA